AUGACGUUGAUUUGUGGAUCAAUUAAUAAUAAUAAUAAUAAUAAUAAUAAUAAUAAUAAUAAUAAUAAUAAUAAUAAUAAUAAUAAUAAUAAUAAUAAUAAUAAUAAUAAUAAUAAUGUGGAUAUAAUAAAGAAAGAAUCAAUAAACUUGGAUUGGGAGUUUAAACUUUCACUGGUGACUGAUGUAGUCAAAGGUAUGAGAUAUGUACAUUCAAGUCCGCUUAAAAAGCAUGGCUGGCUGAAAUCUACAAACUGUUGCGUCGAUGGCAGAUGGGUUGUAAAAAUUACAGACUAUGGAUUACCUGAUAUCUAUAGUAUAUAUGGGACAAAUAGAAAGAUAAAAGAUGAAGAAUUACUAUGGACUGCACCAGAACAUUUACGUGAAGAGAACAAUGUACAUUUUGGUAGUCAAAAAGGUGAUGUCUACUCAUUCGCCAUUGUUAUGCAAGAAAUUAUAACACGUGAUGAACCCUAUGGAAUGCUUGGAAUAAGUCCAAAAGAGAUACUGAGUAAAGUUCGUAAACCGCCACCGUUGUGUAGACCAAAAGUAUCACAGUCUGAAGCUCCACCAGCGUACAUAGAAUUUAUGAAACGUGCAUGGGCAGAGAGUCCUGUAAUGAGACCAACAUUUGAAGAAAUCUAUCAACAGUUUAGACUACUCAAUCAAGGAAGAAAAAUUAAUAUAGUCGAUCAUAUGUUCAAAAUGAUGGAAAAGUAUUCAGCCGAUUUAGAAGAUCAAGUGCGAGUACGUACAGAAGAACUGGAGACUGAGAAAAAGAAAACUGAACUUCUAAUCGCAAGAAUGCUUCCUCCAGUUGUUGCCGAAACGCUGAUGUCUGGAAAAGCUGUUUGCCCAGAGGCAUUCGAUGAAGUGACAAUAUACUUCAGUGAUAUUGUUGGUUUUACGACGAUCUCUGCAUUGUCGACACCUUUUCAAGUUGUUGACCUGUUAAAUGAUCUUUAUACAAUGUUUGAUGCAACUAUUGAUUAUUAUGACGUAUAUAAGGUUGAAACUAUUGGUGAUGCAUAUAUGGUGGUUUCUGGCUUGCCUGUACGUAAUGGUCGAUUACAUGCAGGUGAAAUAGCAACUAUGGCGCUAGACUUAUUAAGCCAGUGUGGGACAUUUGUUAUUCGUCAUAUGCCUGAUGUACCGCUUAGAUUACGUAUUGGAUUACAUUCAGGUUCAUGCGUCGCUGGAGUAGUCGGCCUGACAAUGCCACGUUACUGUCUGUUCGGAGAUACAGUGAAUACUGCAUCAAGAAUGGAAUCAACUGGAUCUGCUUUCCGUAUCCAUGUCAGCCCAACAACAAAAUCUAUUCUGGAUAUUUUGGGUGGUUAUCAUUUACAGUUACGUGGUAAAGUUGAACUGAAAGGCAAAGGUUUAGUUGAUUCAUUUUGGUUAAUUGGGAAGGACAACUUCAAUAAACCGCUACCUGAUCCACCCCCACUGACAGAAGGUGAUAAUCAUGGACUGGCCUCAUUACUUAAACCAGAAAAACUAAAGGCCAUGGCAGAAAAAAAUCUGGCAGGUGACACUCACAACAUAGAAGCACAACAUGCUGGUACUGAUAUAAUCCAACCAGAAGAACAACCAAGUAAUGUAACCUCACCUAAGCGAAAAUCAAGUAACUUCUCAGUACAUUUUACUGGAGAACACUCUGACCAACAGGGAUUAACUUCACAGGAUAACACUCGUAACAAGCCUGAUGUUUCACGUCGUCGAUCAAAUAAAGGUCCAUUGCCUCCAGUUGAUUAAUAUGAAAUAUGCUGGUCUGAAGGAGCAACACCUUUACAUUGUCAACACAUUUAAUACUAUUUCAUCAUGUGACCUCAUCGCUUAACUCCAAAUUUUAUAUUCAAAAAAAACCAACAUUAUGCACAAAUUCGUAGAUUAACAUAAUGCAUUUCAGAGAUAUUUUCUAUAAGGUCUAAGGGGAUAAUUGGAAACAAUAUUCAGUGUUUGACAUUCAAUUGUUGCUUUGUAUAAUUUCUGUUUCACUAAUAAAUUAGUAGUUUUACCGUUUACUACUUAUAAAGCUAUUAAGUAAUAUCAUGAAAUUUUCGUUUUUUUUAAAAACAAAACUCAUUUUCAAAAGUUUUUGGGAAAUUUUCAUUGUAUGUUUUCGAAUUGACUAGCACAUAAUAUUCUUUCUUUUUGUUAAUAUGCAAAACAUUCCAUUUCUUAAACUGUUAGUUUCAAUUUCCAAACCAAUGAAAUGAAAACGCCAACUUUUUACGC